CCGGUGGGCCGCAGAUGAGGAGGAGGCGGCGGCCGCGGUGGCAGAAAAGGCGGCGGCGGGGGUAGGGAGCCUGGAAACGCAAGCGGGGAUGGUAGGUGGUUUGGACCCGCCGGGCCGCCGUCGUUUCCAGAAAGGGUUUGACUGGAGGAACCUCUGGAGCAGCUGUUUGGGGGAUUUUGGACCCAUCCCAGUGAAAGGUGAAAACCUAAAAACCAGCUGAUGCCACUUGCCUUCGACAUUGUGGGUUGGCUGGCUCCUCUAACUGAUGGCAUGUUGAAGUACAUGGGCCAGCAGCAUCGAGGGCAUCUGAUCCAGAGGGGGCCACUCUAGAGGCCAGGCCACCACCACCAUGGGCCAGUGUGUCACCAAGUGCAAGAAUCCUUCAUCAACCUUGGGCAGCAAGAAUGGAGACCGGGACCCCAGCAGCAAGUCACACAGCAGGCGGGGAGCUGGCCACCGUGAGGAACAGGUGCCACCUUGUGGCAAACCAGCUGGGGAUAUCCUUGUCAAUGGGACCAAGAAAGCAGAGGCUGCCACUGAGGCAUGCCAGCUGCCAACAUCUUCUGGAGACGCUGGGAGGGAGUCCAAGACCAAUGCUGAGGAGUCUUCCUUGCAGAGGUUGGAAGAACUGUUCAGGCGCUACAAGGACGAGCGGGAGGAUGCAAUCUUGGAGGAAGGCAUGGAGCGCUUUUGCAAUGACCUAUGUGUUGAUCCUACAGAAUUUCGAGUGCUGCUCUUGGCCUGGAAAUUCCAGGCUGCUACCAUGUGCAAAUUCACCAGGAAGGAGUUUUUUGAUGGCUGUAAAGCAAUAAGUGCAGACAGCAUUGAUGGGAUCUGUGCACGGUUCCCUAGCCUCUUAAUAGAAGCCAAACAAGAAGAUAAAUUCAAGGAUCUCUACCGGUUUACAUUUCAGUUUGGCCUGGACUCUGAAGAAGGGCAACGAUCACUGCAUCGUGAAAUAGCCAUUGCCCUGUGGAAACUAGUAUUUACCCAGAACAAUCCUCCUGUAUUGGACCAAUGGCUAAAUUUCCUAACAGAGAACCCUUCGGGAAUCAAGGGCAUCUCCCGGGACACUUGGAACAUGUUUCUUAACUUCACUCAGGUGAUUGGCCCCGACCUCAGCAACUACAGUGAAGAUGAGGCCUGGCCGAGUCUCUUUGAUACCUUUGUGGAGUGGGAAAUGGAGAGAAGGAAAAGAGAAGCAGAAGGGAGAGGUGCACUCAGCUCAGGGCCCGAGGGCUUGUGUCCAGAGGAGCAGCACUGAGGAUCUGCCUGCUGCCCUGCAGCCAAGUGAGGAAUUGGACCUUUCUGGAAAUUACUGAAGAUCCGGAUAUUUUCUACUUUACACCUUUCUCUGCCUUGUAUUUGAAAGGGCUCUAAAAUGCUGUAUCAUGUUUUAGGCACUUUCUUCAUUUUUUUUUUUUUGGUUAUUUUGGUUAUUUCUUUUUUUUUGGGUGGGAAAUCCCCCAAAAUAUUUGAACCUGGCUACAUGUUGUGUACCUUUUAUUUGAAGCCUUCAGAUAGAAUAAGCCUGCCAUUUCUUGCACAAAUUUAUUAGAUUUGUUUUGUUUUUGUGGGGGAGGGUUUAGGCCCAGGUGGGGAUAUGGGACUGUUAGGUUGAAUUAACAUUACAAAAUGAUACAGUGCCAGAUCUCAGUUUUGCAUAUUAUUUUUCAGGGCAGGUCUGUACUGUGUGUAGUGCUGUUUACAUGGUUGAAUUUAGGUUGUAAUAAUUAUUUUAAAAAAUUUACACAGAUAUGAAUAGCAGUGUUAACUGUUAGCCACAUUGCAUUAAUUUCCAGUUUGGAGCUCUUGGAGAGCCAGAGCCAAGGCCAGUCAAGAGCAUUUGCAGUCUGACACACCACUCCAUCCCUUUAAGCUAAUUUAUCCAAAGCCCUUACCUCCCUUACUUCUUGCUCAUUCCUUCUUUGACCCAUUGCAUUUCAUGUUUAAUUUAUCCAUCACCAUGCUGUCAGUCAAGUGAGCAGUUUUGUUUUGUUUUGUUAGAACACAUUGUACUGAAAACCACUCCAGCGUUGAAUGCAGAGAAAGCAGUGCUACCUCAGUUUUGCUGGAAGUAGACUUCUUUGAUAGUUUUCUUUGAUGUUUUUGUAUUUUCAUGUCAUAAGUGGAAAUACUUUGUUUUUUUUUGUUUUUGUUUUUUUUUUUUCAUUUGCCUUGGAGCCAAAGUUUCUGUUCCAGAUGGUAAGAAAACUGUGCCUGCCGGCCAGCUGACCUAAAAGAAAGCUAUGGCAUGGAACUCUGCUUCAAACUGUUUUCUUUAGUUUUUGUUGAGUAUCAUCAGCUUACUUGUCUGGCAAGUGCAGAAGCCUGAGACUGGCCUGAACUCUGCCAAACAAAUUAUCCAAGUGUAUUGAAUCAUUAAAUGUGUAUCCUCUCCCUCUUUGCUGCGCCCACGUUGUCACUUAACCCCUAGGAGUUAUUUAUUAUCUUUUUGUUAAUGUCAAGCUCAUUUGGGGUAAUGUGAUGACUGUUUAGGUUUACAUGACCCUCUUCUCCUUCCCUUACCCCCAGAUAUGUAUAUAUACAUAUAUAAGAUAUGUAUAUAUUUUACCUUUAUAAAAUAUAUAUAUACACAUAUAUGUAUCUAUAUUCCUUUAUUUGUCUGCUAAAACUGGCCAUAAAAGAGGGAGCUGCCUUUGAUCUGUAGUUUAAGAAGAUGCCAGGGAGCGUCAUAAAUGGAGGCUAUUGUAUUAUGAAUUUGGACAUUUUCACUAAAGCAAACUUGAAUGAAUUUGCUCGCAGGAAGGAGGAACCAGUUCUCUAUAACUCCACAUGUUCACUCCGCAAGGCCAGCUUUGGUCAAGCUGCCACCAGGGCCUGAGAAGCUGACUCUGUCCUACCUAGUUCUACUAGAGGACCCUCUUGAUAAUUUCCCAUUAAAAAAUAUCCUCAAAAAGUUGUACUGGAAAGUGGGUGCCAGGAGCUUGUACAGUUCAGCUUCCAACACUUCGGAACAGAUUUAAAAGGGAAUCCUUUAAUAAAAGUUACAAAACUAUUUAUACUCUUGAUACAAUGAAAAGUGUCUAUUAAAUACUUGGAAUUUUAUUCCUUGAUUAGUCUACCCCAAAUCCUGGGUAUAUGUUUCUCACCAUGGGAAAGAGUUGCAUGCUUGAGUUCUUUAUGAGUCUUACAGCUCUGGGCUCCUAUCUUUAUAAAGAUGGUAUUUAAGGAGAUGACAGUCUUAUUUCCUAAAAUUGGUAUUGACACAGGACACAUUUUUGUAGGCCUGACAAUUGUCCUUUCUAAAGAGACAGAUAGUGCUGUAAGGCUGAAGAGGCUGUUGGGUCAGAUGUGCCCCUUUCUUCUGCCAUAGUAAGACAAUCCUUGAGUGAGUGUCCAGGGGCCCAGCAGUUUCUGAGGGCACAACUGCACUGCAGCCUUUGGAGAAGAUCUCACCCAGCCAGUUGUUCCUAAUUCCGGAUUAGGUAGACGUCCAAUGAGGGAAGAAGUGGUGGAGUGUUUUAGGUAAGACUUUCUGUUCCAGAUAAGAAAGGGUGUAUGUUGCCAGGAAGUGCCAAGAAAGGGAGGCCAUAAAGGGUUCCAUGGACUGGAGGAACUAGAUUCUUUCUCCACUGGUAGAUUUUAACCAAUUGCUCAGUUUCUCCAACCCCAGUCAUUCAGAAAUUAUUUGUAAUUAUAUUUUAAUGGUCUGUUGUUGUUUUACCAAGAGAUUUACAGCAAGAUGUAAGGUUCGUAGUUAACACUUCUGAGAAACAAAAGCCUCUGCUUUGCUCAAUCUCAGAUAGGCUUGCUCCAGCAGUGACUGGAAGCCAAAUGUUUGCCCCUCAGGUAAGCCAGCUUUGUGACACUGGGGUGAUGUGGGGAGGUGUGAUAUAUGGGUGCCAUUUUGGAAUUCUGCAACAUCUAAGCAUUACUACACAGAAUCUGUUGGAAAAUUGCUUACUUUUGGCAACUGUCUUUUUGAGUUUCCAUGGUAUUUCUUUAGUAAUUUAUUAGUGAGCUAGUAUAAGAUAAAGGGUUGCUUUAUUGAAUUCUUUCCCCUAGCCUUGCCAAACUUGAAUGUAUUAUUCUUAAUGACACUUUGCUGUACUACUAGGGGUUGUCUCAGCAGCUCUCUCGACUGUGGCAGAUGUGCCAACGUGUGUGUUAGGUCCAAAAGUCUGUAUGUACCCAUCUGAUAAAAAAUCUACAGAGCUAGCUGAAAAUUCCAAUAUCAGCCAAAGCUUUGGGCUAAGGGAAAGAUAAUAGAGAAUGUGCAAAGCAGUAUUAUUCAUAUUGGAUGGGCAAAGUAAAGAGUUAAGCUGCACACAGUAUUACCUUGAAACAGUACUGUCUCCUAGGGCCUGGUCUUUAGGCCAGAUCAGGUUAUGGAACCCCACAGAUUAUGUACUUGGACCAUUGGUGGGAAGUUGCUGAGAUAAAGACUACUCCAAACAUUAAAAAGCAAAAGAUCUAUAUAUUGAGAUGUAUGGUUUGCUGUAUGGUUUGCUAUAUUUCAAGUGGGGUCUUCAGUGCAGCAGGUAGACCCAGUUAUACAGUUGGGACAGAAAGAAAGCUACUGCUGAGAAGUUCCCUGCCCCCCUUUUCUUUAGACUUAUUCUUCCAUGUAUGUUAGGGUGACUAGUAAUGACCCGAACAUCUUGAAAACUGACCAAGGUCUUACUUGGAGAACUCAAGCAGUAUUUAACUUAAAUAUUUGAAAUGAUAAAAUUAUCAAAAUAUGUCAAUUAGGGCUUUUUAAGGACAUGUGACAUUGAUCCUCCCUGUGGCUCAUGUAAAGGGAGUACAUUCCUAUGCUAAGCUGUAAUAGCAGCCCAUACCAGUUGGCCCAGGACUACAUGCUGGGGAUGCUUACCAGCCCCCCACCCUUUAAAAGAAUAAAGUUUGAGCAUUGGGUGCAGAUGCUGAAAUGGUUUGGUUAGCUGAGUAAUCAAGUUCUGAUUCUAGUGUUGGAUUGGUGUGUUCUGUUUCUCUUAGUAGAUACCUACUUACAUCACAUAUCUUGAGCAUUGCCAAAAGAAGCCAUUCAGCAGCUGCUGAUUUUCUCUCAGCACAGAUAUAACAAAUAUAUUUGCUAUGGAACAAGUAUCUUUUCUCUAAUGCUGGCCCCCAGUCCUCAGAAUCUGAUUAACUGUUCUUCCUUGCUGCACUGAGUAUGGUUCUAGAUUUCAAAGAGGGAAUUUGAAGCAAUAGGUAAACAGGGCUUGGUUGAAUUGGUCUCACAUAUAUCCUGUCUUAAGCCGCUGAGGUGAUGAGUCUACUGCUCAUGUGACCCUCCUCCUUUGUGGAUCCCUCUUGGUUUGUGACCAGCAUACGUUUCUUGAGGUUGUACAAACUUGACAAAAGUUAAUACUUUUGUAUUCUCUGCACUGUUGCACUCUUCAAAUAGCCCCUUGAAUAUUAACUUGAUAUAUACAUUUUUGUCUUUGUCUACAGUAUUUUUUUGUUUCUGUUGUUUUUUAAUUUGAAGGUUAUCUGCUGUUGGAUUCAAUAAAUUUGUUUACCUGA